CAGAAGUGGAGUCAUAUGGAGAGCCGGAGUGCCUUUCCUGGCCGCUGCGUAACCUUCAUCAGCCUGUGUUGCCCCCUGUCCUGUAUUCAUCCAGGAUUGUCCCGUUAUUUCAAUGAGGCGCUGUUCUCUCAGUCUGGGCUCUCGCGAUGUCGUCGCUGUGCCAGCCUCCUCGAAAGGCGCAUGCGCGGUGUGCAGAGAAGAGGUGCGUCGCCUCGGGCAGCUGCUCUGAGGUGGAGAAGAGGGGCUGGGGAAGCUGGUGAAGAUACAAAGGCGAGGCGAGACGGGCCGGGCCUUCCGGCUUCUUUCCGGCUCAGGAUGUGGAAGUUGAGCCCAGCUGACGAGUCCGGGCCAGGACAGUCAUACCACCUCUUAGUUGGUGUCGAGUAUGUUGUCGGACGUAGAAAUUGUGCCAUUUUAAUUCAAGCGGAUCAGUCCAUCAGCCGAAGCCAUGCAGUCCUUUCAGUUAGUCACCCUCAAGCGAACCUUACUCAGUCUUCUACAUUUCCUGUGUUAACUUUAAAAGACACUUCUAAAUAUGGUACCUUUGUUAAUGAAGAAAAACUAGCAAAUGGUACUACUAGAACUUUGAGGUCCGGUGACAGAGUCACUUUUGGAGUCUUUGGAAGCAAGUACAGAAUACUCUAUGAGCCUUUGGUAGUGUGCUCUUCGUGCUUAGCUGUUUCACAGAAAAGUGCUUUAAGUAAAAAUAUUCUACAGCUGGGAGGCCAUGCAGUGAAUGAGUGGAAAGAAGGAUGUACUCAUCUUGUUAUGGACUCAGUCAAACUUACAGUUAAGGCAAUAUGUGCCUUGAUCUGUGGUCGACCAAUUGUGAAGCCAGAGUAUUUUGAUGAAUUAAUAAAAGCAAUUCAGGCGAAACAGCAGUUACCGACACCUGAAAGUUUUAACCCUCCUAUUGAUGAGCUGAGUGUUAAGAAUAACAAAUUAGAUCUGGCAACCUCUCCCAUAAGAAGAACAAUAUUCAAAGGAAAAACGUUUGUGUUUCUAACUGUUAAGCAGUUUGCAAAACUGAGUGCAGCAAUUAAACUUGGAGGAGGAGAAGCGAAACUGAUAACGGAGGAAGCAGAGAUUGUUUCUUCUUUGGUAGCACCUGAUAUUUGUGUCAUUGAAGUAGGGUUGACAAACUCUCAAGGAUCCAUUUCUGACUUGGACAGGAAAUGGAUGGAUAGAAUCACAGCUGUCUUCCAAAGGAAGCAAUGGAGGACAAUAUCUGAGGCAGAAAUUGGUCUAGCAGUUAUUUUUUCAUCCACAAAAACAUACUGUAAUCCUCAAACUCCACUAGAUGCAGGUGUAAAACCCACAUCAGCACCACGUGUUACAGGACCAAACCUUUCUCAAAGUGUAGUAGAUGAAACAGUAAUGCCCACCAUUGCAGCAUACGUAGCUGACACAGAAAUGGACCAACUGAUGGACACAUGCAUGGAAGUGUCAGGAGAGAACAGAAAGAGAGCAACAACUCCUAUCAGGGAACAAAGGAAAAAACCUUACCCACUGGAUAUAACUACUGUUAAUGAGACUCCAGCAGGAACUGGCACUGUGAAUGUUGGGGCUACAUUACCCAAGUUGAAUGCAAGGCCCGAGACUAACCAGAGUAGCCUUUCGCCCUCUCCCUCUAAAAUGUCAGGGAACAGGAGAAAUAAAGAGGGAGAUUCACAGCAGCAAUUGAAUUCAAUUAAAAACUACUUCCAGACAGUUACCAAAAAAAGGGAAAGGGAUGAGGUUGAAGAAACAUCACAGUCUAAAUAUGCAAAGAUAGAGGAGAAGUCAUCGCUGGCUUCUAGUCAUACUCAGCCUGUAACUUCUUGGCUGUGGGAAAGCAAGGCAGGAGGAUCUCAAAAGGGGUCAUGUACCUUGGACCAGAACACCAACGAGUCCUGUAUAGGUGGAAGUAGAAAGCCUAUUGCUGAGACUAGCCAGUUAGAAAACAAUAAUGAUGAAAGCAUUAUUGCAUCAAAAAAGAGAAAAGAAUUGGAAGACUCAAUAGAAGACGAAGCAUCGUUAGAACUUGUCUUUGCAAGCCAAGAACUGGAUUGGGAAGACGAUAUAGGAAAUCAUGGUGAAGGCAGUACUCAAGGUGCAAAGAAGAAAAGGAAAUUGGAAAUGAAAGAAGAGAAUUCAGAUAUGGAGACUGGGAGACUUCAGCAAGAAAAGAAGCAGUCGCUUCCAGUUUUAAACCAGAAACAAGAGAAAGAAGAAUCACCAGGCUCUGCAAAGAAUGACUCCAAUAAUCCUGAUAGAUGUGCAAAUGACUCUAGCAAUCUGCCCAGCAGGCUCCUGCUGACUGAAUUUAGAUCAUUGGUUGUUAGUCAGCCAAGGAAAGAUGGUCGUUGCACUGCAAAAAUAGAUUAUGGACAUCUGAACAACUUUAAAAAGUUUAAAAAGGUAGCUUAUCCUGGAGCAGGACAACUUCCAUACAUUAUUGGGGGGUCGGAUCUGAUAGCUCAUCAUGCUAGAAAGAAUUCUGAGAUGGAAGAAUGGUUGAGGCAAGAAAUGGAGGAACAGAGUCGCCAAGCAAAAGAAGAUUCGCUUGCAGAUGACCUCUUCAGAUAUGAUCCCCAUGUAAAAAGAAGAUAAGGUGUGCCUUGAAUCAGACCUACAGCAGAAGAAAAGCUUGCCUGGCCCUCUGGCAAUAAAUUGCAACAUCAGAGUCAAUUUUACGCUGAUCAUACCUCCUGAAAACCUGCUUUUCAUAUUGAAGAAAGGAUGCAAGACUUUGAACGGUUCUUCAAACAUGUUACAGCUAGUGAUGGAUCCAUCUGCCCACAGCGUGAAAGACAGGUCUAGGCCGACUUUGUAAUGCUCAAUACAAAGAUAGCAUUAAAAUUCAAACUAGAGUAGAACUGAAGCCAUUUAACCCCCUCCUACGUUUUGCUGCUCUGGCAGUGAAUAAAAGAAGUAUCUCUUCCAUCCCUGACACUAUGGUGGCUUCAUGCUUUAAUGGCUAUUGACUCAUGUUAGCAGCACUUGGGAAAUGACAUUAUUCAAUAGUACUUCUGGCAUCCAGCCUUAGCAGCAUGCUAGAUAUUAGGAAGCUGAGAGAAGAGAGACCUCCCUCACUUGUCCUGCCUUCACUGCCCCUGUUGGAGCAGCAACAAAGACAAGUGUAGGGGACAGAAAUACGGGAGGACACAGAAAGGUGGUUGAAGGAGCGUUGGAUAUCAUUGGGAAAGUUGCAGGAAGGAUCAAACCUUGUUGUACUACCAAUGAAAUCAAGACCAAAUAGGCUCAGAACUGGAUUUGAAAGGGCCCAAGUUAUUUUCAGAGUUUGAGAGGGAGGGUGCAGAGACUUACUAAGGGGAGUUUGCCCAUCGAUAGUUAUAGCACACAAAGCCUUUGAAAUUCUUUUUCAACUUGCAUUCUCUAUCCAAAAUUUUGCUUUUAUCAAAGCAAAUAGGUUUCUUUUUUUAAAAAAAAAAAACCCACACAUUUGUUUUAACCUAUUUUUUGUAUGGUAUUAUGACUAUCAGAAUUGUCAAAUGGCAACAUGGGAUUUGUAACAUGAGUAUUGCUCACUUCUGUACCAUUUUGCAUCUCUCAAACUGGCUUUGACCCUUUUAGUAAAUUAUUAGUCUCCGUAUUGAUGGGAAAUCUUUUCUUUGCUUCUCAGAAUUUUGAUGCUUACAAAGACUUGUGCCUAUUGCAGAUAGGAAUAAGAGCAGCUGUCUUCAAAUUAGUUUAUUUUGCCUAAGUGGUGUUACAUCUGUUUGGUGCCUUACAUGAGACAGGGUGCAAUAGGCCCAAAUCUGCCAUACUUCUGUUAAAUCAGAGGAAAGUAAAACGGAUACUUCUCCUCAGAUGUGUCCUAUAAACUCCUUAGAUUUAGGAAAGUAUCAGUUUGACCAUCUCUAGCAUAUACCGCAUGUCUGCUCCCAUGCAUGCCUUUUAAGAGUCUAAAGCAGGCAUCUCUCAACCCAAUGCUGUCCAGAUGUUUUGGACUACUAUGCCUAUCUGCCUCAGCCAGCAUGCCCAAUGGUCUGGAAUGAUGGAAGUUGAAGUCUUGAAGCAUCUAGCAGACAGCAGGUUGGGGAAGGCUCCUCUAAAGAAUGCUUAUGAAGACUAAACAUUUGCUCCAUGCUUCUAGUCAGUCCAUGCGUGCAGUCUAAGCAGUAAGCCUUUUCUGGGGAUAAUUUUUGUGCUUAAGUACCCAUACAGAGCACUUUCCCUUGGAUCGAAGGGGGUGGGGGGGAGAUAAAUCUAUUUGGGUUGCAGCUGCUUGGUGAUUUCCCUUAAGAAUAACUCUUCCCAGAAACACAGGUAAGAAUGACUGGUAAAUGCUAAUAAAGUAUUCUGUACACACA